AAGAGGUUGUCCUAGCCAGUCCACAGGGGCAGAAUACCCCACUGGUUAGGAGGUAAGGGGAGCCCAAAAUGAUAGAAAUGCAGAGGAGAUUGUGGAUGAAGGACCUGUGAGGAUGAUCAUGUGACAGGAGUGGGCGGAGUUUAGCAGUAGCAGAGUGAGAAAGAUUGAGUGUCACGUGAAAGUUCGGGUUAAAUACCAGGAAAAAAAAAAUUUAAGAAGAGGUCACAUGUUUCCUGUAUAGAGUGGAGCUCCAGUCUGCAGCCAGAUCUCACUUCCUAGAGCAGCAGCCCCUGAUCAUGUGACUCCUCCUCCUCUUUCUCCAUGUGACUGAUCACAUGACUGUGACAUCAUGGCAGGUGGUGUAAGGACAGGGUUUCUCCAGCCCAGGAUCCUCUGCUGAUAUCUUCUAUAUAAGAGAAGUUUCCUGAUCAACCAUGGAGAGAGACAGGAACAAGAUGGCUGACAGGAUAAUAAACCUCACCCUAGAGAUACUCUUCCGGCUUACUGGAGAGGAUUACACAGUAGUGAAGAAGUCCUCUAGUGGGCGCUGUCGGGCCCCUGUGUGUGAAGAAUGGGAAAGAACCCUGAGCCCAAUCCCGGGGCCCCCACCUCACUCCCUGAUACAUGAGGAAAUGGAUGAACAGAAGAUCCUAGAACUGAUCAACAAGAUGAUGGAGCUGCUGACUGGAGAGGUUCCUAUAAGGUGUCAGGACGUGGCGGUCUAUUUCUCCAUGGAGGAGUGGGAGUAUGUAGAAGGACACAAGGAUCAGUACAAGGAUCAGGUGAUGAUGGAGGAUCAGCAGCCCCUCACAUCAGCAGUCAGAUCCAGUAAGAGAACAGCAGCAGAGAGGUGUCCCCGUCCUCUUCUUCCACAGGAUCAGGAUCAGAUCAUAAAUCAGGGAGAAAAUCUUAACAAUAUUACUACUUCAGAGACAGGUUUGAGCGGUGAUAAGCAGCAUAAGGAGGACAUUACUACAGGGAAAGAUCUGAUCUAUAUUUAUGCUGCAGAUAUAAAGAAAGAAGAAGAAGAGACAGAUGUGAGCGGUGAUGAGCUGUAUAAGGAGGGCAUUCCUACAGGGAAAGAUCCGAUCUAUAUUAAUGCUCAAGACAUAAAGGAAGAAGAGACAUAUGUGAACAGUGAUGAUCAGUAUAAGGAGGACAUUACUACAGGGAAAGAUCUGAUCUAUAUUUAUGCUACAGAUAUAAAGAAAGAAGAGACAGAUGUGAGCGGUGAUGAGCAGUAUAAGGACAUUCCUACAGGGAAAGAUCUGAUCUAUAUUAAUGCUCCAGACGUAAAGGAAGAAGAGACAGAUGUGAGCGGUGAUGAGCAGUAUAAGGACAUUCCUACAGAUAACCACCCAGAUGACUGUACCCGGAGAUCAGAGGAGAAUCUUAUAUCUUUAUAUUAUAAAGCAGAUGAUGAUAUCACACAAGAUACAUAUGAAGAACAUUCCAUUAUCCCAGAUACACCCUCAGCCCUUCACAGCCAAGAUCUCUCAUCUCAUCCUUUUAUACUCGUCCUGUCUACUGAUCCAUCACAGACUGUUAAGAAAAAUGAAAAUUUCAUAGGUGUUAAACACAAAAAGGCACAUAAAGAAGAGAAUCCAUUUCCAUGCCAAGAAUGUGGGAAAUGUUUUACUUUCAAAUCAAAGCUUAAUAGACACAUGAGAAUUCACACAGGGGAGAAGCCUUUUUCAUGUUUAGAAUGUGGAAGAUGUUUUUCUCAGAAAUCAAACCUUGUUGAACAUCAAAAAACUCACACAGGAGAGAAGCCAUUGCCAUGCUCGGAAUAUGGAAAACGUUUGACUUGGAAAUCAGAUCUUGUUAAACAUCAAAAAACUCACACAGGAGAGAAGCCAUUUUCAUGUUCAGAAUGUGGAAAAUGUUUUACUCAGAAAUCAAAUCUUGUUGUACAUCAAAGAAUUCACACAGGGAAGAAUCCAUUUCCAUGCCAAGAAUGUGGGAAAUGUUUUACUUUCAAAUCAAAGCUUAAUAGGCACAUGAGAAUUCACACAGGAGAGAAGCCGUUUUCUUGUUUAGAAUGUGGAAGAUGUUUUUCUCAGAAAUCAAACCUUGUUGAACAUCAGAAAACUCACACAGGAGAGAAGCCAUUGCCAUGCUCGGAAUAUGGAAAACAUUUUACUUGGAAAUCAGAUCUUGUUAAACAUCAAAAAACUCGCACAGGAGAGAAGCCAUUUUCAUGUUCAGAAUGUGGAAAAUGUUUUACUUUCAAAUCAAAGUUUAAUAGGCACAUGAGAAUUCACACAGGGGAGAAGCCCUUUUCUUGUUUAGAAUGUGGAAGAUGUUUUUCUCAGAAAUCAAGCCUUGUUGAACAUCAGAAAACCCACAUAGGAGAGAAACCUUUGCCAUGCUCGGAAUGUGGAAAACCUUCUACUUGGGAAUCAGAUCUUGUUGAACAUCCAAAAACUCACACAGGAGAGAAACAAAUUUCAUGUUCACUAUGUGGGAAAUGUUUUGCUCAGAAAUCAAAUUUUGUUGAACAUCAAAGAACCCACACAGGGGAGAAUCCAUUUCCAUGCCAAGAAUGUGGGAAAUGUUUUACUUUCAAAUCAAAGCUUAAUAGACACAUGAGAAUUCACACAGGGGAGAAGCCGUUUUCUUGUUUAGAAUGCGGAAGAUGUUUUUCUCAGAAAUCAAACCUUGUUGAACAUCAGAAAACUCACACAGGAGAGAAGCCAUUGCCAUGCUCGGAAUGUGGAAAAUGUUUUACUUGGAAAUCAGAUCUUGUUAAACAUCAAAAAACUCACACAGGAGAGAAGCCAUUUUCAUGUUCAGAAUGUGGAAAAUGUUUUACUCAGAAAUCAAAUCUUGUUGAACAUCAAAAAACUCACACAGGAGAGAAACCAUUUUCAUGUUCACUAUGUGGGAAAUGUUUUACUCAGAAAUCAAAUUUUGUUGAACAUCAAAGAACCCACACAGGGGAGAAGCCGUUUUCAUGCCCAGAAUGUGGAAAAUGUUUCACUUUCAAAUCAAAGCUUGAUAGACAUGUGAAAACGCACACAGGGGAGAAGCCAUAUUUAUGUCAGGAAUGUGGAAAAUGUUUUACUGUGAAAUCAUAUCUUGUUUACCAUCAGAGGAUUCACACAGGGGAGAAGCCAUUUUCAUGCUCACAAUGUGGAAAAUGUUUUACUAUGAAAUCAAGGCUUGUUGCACAUAUCAGAAUCCACACAGGGGUGAAGCCAUAUUCAUGCCAAGAAUGUGGGAAAUGGUUUAGGCAGAAAGUAAAUCUUAUUCGCCAUCAAAAAAUUCACACAGGGGAGAAAUCCUUUUCAUGUUCAGAAUGUGGGAAAUGUUUUACUAUAAAAUUAAACCUUGUUGAACAUCAAAAAACGCACACAGGAGAAAAGCCAUUUUCAUGCUCUGAAUGUGGAAAAUGUUUUAGGCAAAAAGUAAAUCUUAUUCGCCAUCAAAACAUUCACACAGGGGAGAAGUCCUUUUCAUGUUCAGAAUGUGGAAAAUGUUUUAGUCUGAAAUCAAGGCUUGUUGCACAUCUGAGAACUCACACAGGAGAGAAGCCAUUUUCAUGCCAAGAAUGCGGAAAAUGUUUCUCUUUAAAAUCAAACCUUAUUGACCAUCAAAGAACUCACACAGGGGAGAAGCCAUUUUCCUGCCAAGAAUGUGGGAAAUGUUUUACUGUGAAAUCAAACCUGGUUGAACAUCUAAAAACUCACACAGGAGAAAAGCCAUUUUCAUGUCAAGAAUGUGGAAAAUGUUUUUCUCAAAGAAAAAAUCUUGUUGACCAUCAAAGGAUUCACACCGGGGAGAAGCCAUUUUCAUGCUUAGAAUGUGGGAAAAAUUUUAAUCAAAAAUCAAGUCUUGCUAAGCAUAAAAAAACUCAUACAGGUAAGAAGCCAUUUUCAUGCUCUGAAUGUGGGAAAUGUUUUAGCCAGAAAUCAAAUCUUAUUUGCCAUGAAAUAAUUCACACAGGCAAAAAGCCAUUUUCGUGUUCAGAAUGUGGGAAAUGUUUUACUACGAAAUCAAUUCUUGUUGAACAUCAAAGAACACACAUAGUGGACAAGCAGUUUUCGUGCCAAGAAUGUGGAAAAUGUUUUACUCAGAGAUCAAGUCUCUUUAAACAUAAAAAAACUCACACAGGGGAGAAGCCAUUUUCAUGCUCAGAAUGUGGGAAAUGUUUUACUACUAAAUCAAUUCUUUUUAAACAUCAAAAACUUCACAUAGAGAAGAAGCCAUUUCCAUGCCAAGAAUGUGGGGAAUGUUUUACUUUACAAUCACAGCUUGAUAGACAUGUGAGAAUUCACACAGGAGAAAAGACAUUUUCAUGCCAAUAAUGUAGGAAAUGUUUUUCUUUUAAAUCAAAGCUUAAUAGACAUGUGAGAAUUCACAUAGGGGAGAAGCCAUUUUCCUGUUUAAAAUGUGGGAAAUGUUUUACUCAGAAAUCACAUCUUGUUGAACAUCAGAGAAUUCACACACAAAAGAAGCCAUUUUCAUGACCAGAAUGUGGGAAAAUGUUUUAACCCCGAAUCACAUGUUAAUCAAUACCAAAGAACUAACAGAGGGAAGUAGCCUUUUUUUUCAACUUCUUUGUAUUGUCAAAUAAUACAGUAAAAAAAUAAGUUAUAACUGUUAUAGUGAAGUCACAAAAAGUAGAAAAAAAUCAAUUGGGAGGAAUGUAAGAAGAUGAUGAACCAAAUUGUUUUCUGAAUUAUAAUUCAUGGCACUGAUUUAAUAUUGUAGUGUCGCUCCAUUCUGGUAAA